GAACUGGCACAAGGAUGGAUUGCGAUUGUGCAGGGCGGCGAUGCCCACUACUCUGUUUCCGCCGUUGGAAAGCUAGGGUAUCGAGUUUUUUUCUGGGCCCGUGCCGCUGGCCUCCUGGUCCGGCUGGUACACCGGCUUCUCAGGGUCCGCCACUCCCCCAAAAUCUACGUUGACGAUUUACUGUCCCUGCUGGACGCCGUCUCUGCGCCGGUGUGGGCGGCACACGUGGUCGUUCUGCUUAUGAUCCUCAGAGUGCCCCUUUCCUGGCACAAGUGUGCCUGGUCACCUCGUGUUGUAUGGAUUGGUUGGGAGCUGGACCUCUGCUUGUUUACGGUGCGUCUGGAUCCGCAAAAGUUCCGACGCCUCUGCGCCCUGCUCCGGCAGGCGCUGUCAUCGCGUCGCUGCUCUACUCACCUCCUGGAGCGUAUCACUGGCAAGCUCCUCUGGCUCUCCUCCCUUUUCAAGACCUUCCGCCCCUCUCUGGCCCCACUCUAUUCGGACCAGCAUGCGUUUCUGCCCAACAUGACUGCUCUGGAUCCGCAACGCUGGAACGAUCUCCGUUCCAAGUUGUCGCCGGGCCUGCGUCUGCAGCAGAACAUCGGCUUGGCCGCGCUGCCGCCUGCGUCUCGCAUUUUGCGCUCGGUCAGUCAACUGUCACGAAGCUUGCUGAUCUGCCACUGCACCCUCCUGAGUCACGCAGACUCCUUGCUGGUCCUCCGUCUCUGGCUGGACUUGGCCGAGUCCGGCACUGCCUGCCGCUCACUCCUUCGUCCACCGCGUUUUGAAUGCGAGGCCUUUGCAGAUGCGUGCGCGUCCUCUGAUUCGGCUGGGUUGGGCGGCUUUGUUCGUCUACCUGACGGCCGUCAACUCUUUUUCCGGAAUCACUUUUCGCGCACCGAACUCUGCGGCAUGUUUCCGUGGCUGUCCCCGGACGCCUCUGUCCAAAGCUUCAUUUCUUCAUGGGAGCUUCUGGCUCAGUGCGCGCUUCUGCUCCUGUUGCAUCAACUUCUGGGUCACAGCCACUUGCCGCUGCAUUGCAGUUUUCGUUGCGACAACUCUGCUGCGGAGUCCUCCAGCUGGAAAGGACUCUCCAUGGCAUCUGGCCUCUGUUCCGUUCUCCGUGCCUUCUUCCUGUGCCAGCAGCGUUGCCGCAUCUCGGUGCACAUUGACCACGUUCCCAGCAUCGUGAACGAUGAGGAACUCUCGGUUGACUGGUCUGUUUUUCAGGAAUCUUCGCAGCUGGCCCUGUUUCCGUCCCCUGCGGAUUUUCUGGGCUUUAUUGCACCAGUGGCCGAUCUGCCAUCUAGAUUUUCUUCAUUGGCCCUUCCCACGGCUGUGGUCAAGCUGCAGCUCGAACUGACUUUGGAUUUCCGGGCCAAUGCAGAAGACGGCAUGCUCCGUGUCUG